GGCUGAGCAGGACCUUGCAGUUGCUGGACUUGCAUGUGGGACACACCAUGAAGGUUCUUCUGAUCUCCUUCUGUCUGUCCAUCUUGGGCUUAGGAGCACCGGAAACGUCACAACCUCAUUAUCUGAUCACGGUUCCUGCUCAGCUCAUGCACCCCUCCAAGGAGGAAGCAUGUGUUACCCUACUCCAACUCAAGGGGGCAGUGUCUCUCAGGAUGGAGCUGCACAGGAAUGACCACCACCAAGUAGUGGCUGAUGACAAAAUAACAACGGAGAGUUUUCUCCACUGUUACUCCUUUCAGGUCCCUGCUGCGGAAGAAGACAGAGAGGUAUGGUUCUUCCAUGUAUCAGCAGAAGGAGACAAUAUUAACAUAAAUCAGACAAAGAAGAUUCUCAUUCUGGAGCAAAAACAUAUCACCAUCAUUCAGACAGAUAAAUCAUUGUACAAACCUGGGCAAACAGUGAAUUUUCGAGCAGUGACUCUAGAUAUGGAUUUUCAUGCUCAAAACGAUAAGUACCCAUUGGUGGAGCUGAAGGAUCCAAAUGACAACCGAAUUGGCCAAUGGUUGAAUGUGGUUCCCACCCAGGGAAUCGCAGACUUUUCCUUUCGCUUAGCAGAAGAGGUGCCAGUGGGAGAAUACAGAAUCCAUAUCCCUUCCUUUGCAUAUGGGAAUCAACACUUUAUUGUGGCAGAAUAUGAACUUAAAAGAUUUAAAGUCUAUAUUAAUGCACAAGAAAAAGUCUCUCCGAAUGAUGAUUCCUUUCAUUUGGAAGUCUGUGGCAGUUACACCUAUGGGAAACCAGUGCAGGGAAUUAUGAACAUCACAAUAAAUCCUUUGGAUAUUCCGUGGUGGGACAUAUUUUAUGGUAAUAUUGACUCCGAACAAACUGGGGAACAUGUGACCAUGGAGGGAGGCCAUACAGAUGACCGUGGCUGUUUUACCAAGGAAAUUGACCUUCACCCUUUCAAUGUCUCAUCAAACCACCAAUUGAAAGUAGUGAUCCAUGCAUCAUUAACAGAAGAUGGGACUGAUAAAGAAGAGAGUGAAUCCCAUGUUCUCCAGUUCAUGGUUCCUCAAUAUUUACAAUUUGUUGAUCUUGACAGCUACUAUCAGAAAGGCAUUCCAUUAACUGGCAUGAUGAAAGUUUCGACCUUUGGAAUGGAGUCUAGACAGAAUGCAGAGGUCUACCUUGUGGUGAAUGUUGAUGAAGUGGACACCAACAUAACUCUUGUGACAGAUGAGAAUGGAAUUGCACGCUUUACUCUUGACACUUCCGAAUGGAAUGAUAUGGUGUCAUUGACGGGAAAAAUUUCUUUGGAAGAUGGAGAAGAUCAAUCCAUGGCAUUAAACUGGCUCUUUCCAUUCUACUCUGAAAGUAAUAGCUUUAUAAAAGUACAAACUAUUGGAGAAGAUUUGCUAUGUUCCACCAAGCAGUCAGUGUCAGUAGAGUACAUCAUCGAUAGAAAGGAACUGGACCCCAAAUCAGAUCACCUCUCUUUCUUCUACAUUCUUAUGUCUAAAAGAGCAAUAAUUACCUCUAGAGAAUAUAAAUUGGAUGUGCAGAAUCUGCCAAGUGACCCCAUUCUGCAUGGCUCCUUCAACAUCACAUUCUCUGUCAACAUGAAUCUGGUUCCGACAGCAACUCUGCUGGUCUAUGCUAUAUUCCCAGAUGGAGAGGUAGCAGCCGACAGAGCAAGAUACAAUGUGCCAGUCUGCUUCGACAACAAGGUUCAAAUGGAAUUUACAGAAAACAAUGUCAGCCCCGGUGGGAAUGUGAACCUGGACAUAAAAGCAGAUCCGGGAUCCUUGUGCUCUGUUCGUUCUGUGGAUAAAGGACUUUCUCUCCUCACGGAAAAAGAAACAUAUGAAUUGCUUCCAAUGGUCAUGCGCAGGUAUGACUAUACUUUUGAAAUCAGUAAACGUGGCUUUCCCUAUACUAUAGAAGACUUUGAGGCUUAUCCUUGCUUAGAGGGUGAACCAGUUCCACUAAAUCGAGCCAAGAGAUCCCUAAAGAGAGCUCCAUGGUACCAGAGUGAAGCGGAUGUCUACAGCUUGUUUAAGAGCAGCAGUUUAAAGGUUUUUACUAACACCAGGAUCCGAAAGCCGGUGACAUGCGCACUCCCAGAAUAUACCAGAAGGUAUUCUAUAAAGGAUGGUGUGGAUGUUGCAGAUAGAAAACUAGAUUCUCCAAGUAGAGAGCCUGCAUCAAAAGAGCAUCCAGUGAGGAAGUUCUUCCCAGAGACAUGGCUGUACGACCUGGUGUCUGUAGGUCCACAAGGGAAGAAAUCAAUGAACCUGACCACCCCGGACAGUAUCACCGAGUGGGUGACAGAUGCUUUCUGUGUGGGAAACUCAGGUUUCGGUGAGGUCCAUAACGUAGGAUUGAAGACAUUCCAACCUUAUUUCAUUGACCUCCUCUUGCCUUACUCUGUUGUAAAGGAAGAGGAAUUCCCACUUAAAGUUUUGGUCUUCAACUACCUGGAUCAUUGUGUGUUGGUUGAUGUGGCUCUGACCAUACCUCCAGAUUUCGGCGAGCCGCGCACUGAUCUUGAGAAAUCUUCCUGCAUUUGUGGACAAGAGACCGCCGGCUUUACUUGGAGUAUCACAGCUUCCAAACUGGGUUCCAUUCCCUUCAAGGUGACCAGUAGAGCUCUGCAAGUAGAAGGAAAAUGCUCCACAUCUGACAUCGUUCUCAAUCCAGAAAACAAAUUCAAACAUGACGCCAUACAAAAGACCAUCUUAGUGAAGCCCUCGGGGGUUGAAGUGGAUAAAACACAGACAUCACUUCUCUGCCCAACAGAUGACAGUGUGAGAGAGGAAGUCUCCCUGCAGCUUCCAGAAGACCUGGAGCAGGGCUCGGAACACGCGCACAUCACUGUGUUAGGUGACGUUAUGGGCAACAGCAUCUCUAAUAUGGGAGAUCUUCUGCAACUGCCUUUUGGAUGUGGAGAGCAGAAUAUAGCAAAGUUUGCUCCAAAUAUCUAUAUCCUAGAAUAUCUGGAAAGCGCUAAUGCUCUAACACCUGAAAUAAAGGACAAGGCUCUGAAUUACUUGACUACAGGUUACCAGCGGCAGCUGUUGUCUAAGCAUGACAAUGGCUCCUACAGUGCAUUUGGCAAGAAAGAUGAAGAAGGCAACACAUGGCUCACAGCCAUGGUAGUGAGAAGCUUCAGCAAAGCACAGAAGACUAUCUACAUAGAUGAGAAGCACAUUCAGGAGGCUAUAAAAUGGCUGGGCAGCUACCAAUUGGACAAUGGCUGCUUCAGAAGCGUCGGCAAACUCUUCAACAAUGAACUGAAGAGUGGGGUGGAUGACGAGGUGACCAUAUCUGCUUAUAUUACAAUCGCUCUCCUGGAGCAUGGCACAGUCCAUAAUAGCGGCCUUGUGGAGAACGCUUUGAAAUGUCUGAAAGAUGCAGCAAACAAUGUGAACAACACUUACAGCCAGGCCAUACUUGCAUAUGCCUUUACACUAUCAGGAGACAAAGACCUGAGACAACACAUGCUGGAUAAUCUUGAGAAAUACGUUACAGAUGAAGAUGGAAGCAAGCACUGGAGUGAAGGAUCGAGUGGGGGUGUUGAGAUCUCCUCGUAUGUUCUUCUGGCUUUACUUUCUGGAGAUGAAGUGACCAAAAAGGAUUUAAAAUUCAGUUCAGAUAUAACCAACUGGGUAAUAAAGCAGCAGAACUUCCGAGGAGGCUUCCACUCAACUCAGGACACAGUUGUGGCUAUUCAUGCCCUUUCCAAAUAUGCGAGGGCCACUUACCGUGAGAAGAGGGACGUGACGCUGACGGUCCGCUGUGCUUUAACGGGAUACCAGACACAGUUCCGCUCCGAUGACAGUAACAGAAUCUUAUUACAGAGAGCUCCUCUGCCAGAUAUACCCGGGAAGUACACAAUAACAGCCACAGGCACUGGCUGUGUGUAUGUACAAACACAUUUAAAAUACCACAUCCAUCCUGCCGAAUCCUUUCAACACUUUACCCUAAAUGUGACCACCCAACCCAACUUCUGUACGGCACAGGCACAGAAAAGUUUUGAGAUCCACGUGGCUGUCAGAUACUCUGGGAAUCGAGCCAUGACCAACAUGGCUAUAAUUGAAGUACAUCAUUUGUCAGGAUUUGCCCCGGUUGCCAGGAGCCUUAAAUUGUUGGAGCAAAACGAGAAUGUAAAAAGGACAGAAGUCACAGAUGAGAAGGUGUCUAUUUAUCUUGAGGAGCUCACGCAUAAAACCGAAACAUUUUCCUUUGUCGUUAAGCAAGAGACACCGGUAUCCAAUCUACAGCCGGCCAAUGUCAUCGUUUAUGACUACUACGACCCAAGAGAACAUGCUGCAGCUGAAUACCACACCCCCUGUGCAGGUAACAAGGAGACAAAGGAGCAAUGAAGAAAUGGAAAUUGACUGAAAAAAUCAGUCAAUAGAAGAAAACCUGCUUUCUGAUCGGUUAGAUGCACUCGGCACAUAGAUAUUUUUACUUGUUGCAGCAGAGGCUUAACCAAUAUUCCAAUAAAAUAUACAAAACCUU